CGGGGUCUUCCCCUGUCGGCCCCCCCUCUCCUUAUAUGCAGACCGGGGAGGAGGACCGGCACAGGACGCAAUGGAGACGCAAAGGAGCGCAUGCGUGUGCGUGUGUGUGUUGGUGCUGCUGGUGGCUUUGACUGAAGGUUUGCGCGGCCGGGGCCCCGAGGAUUGUUGCUUCCGUUUCCAGGAGAGAGCCAUCCCCAAAGAGCGGGUGCUCAGCUACGUGAAGACCCGACAACGGUGCUCCGUCCCCGCGGUCCGGCUGAAGACGGUGGCAGGUCGUCACGUGUGUGCUCGUGCUUCCGCCUGGUGGGCGAGGGACCUCGUGAGGCACCUGGACUCCAAGACCCGCCCGGGGAACGCUUUCGGGUUGUGAGAAAUUCCUCAUUUCACUUCACUUGGUGUUUUCCGUAAUCCAAAGGAUGUCAAUAAAGUUUUGACCUACAUGCCUUUUUUUUAUAAUUUCAGCACGUGAGGAUAAGCGGUA